GAACGAAAGUACAAACGAAUAGGCAUAGAAUAUAAAAUCCGAUGACUUGCGUAUAUAAGUCAUACAUGUUUAUACGCUAGUUUAGUGUAGUUCUAUAUACAGCACUGGACAGUUGUAUCACAGAAAAAUUCAUUUACGUAAUUACUCAACUUACAAAACAAAGAAUUCAAAGAUCAUUAUGAAAAUUUAUGCUGUAUCUGAUGGACCACCAUCACUAGCUGUUAGAAUGGCAUUGAAAAUAUUAAACAUCCCACACGAACAUGUUGCGGUCGACUAUUGCAAGGGCGAACAUAUUACGGAAGACUACGCUAAGAUGAACCCACAAAAGGAAAUACCAGUUCUAGAUGACGACGGUUUUUACUUGAGUGAGAGUAACGCGAUUUUACAAUAUCUCUGCGAUAAGUAUGCUCCAGACAGCUCUCUUUAUCCGAAAGAUCCCAAGCACCGUGCUAUUGUUAACCAUCGCCUUUGUUUCAACUCAGCCUUUCUAUAUCCGCAGAUAUCGGCGUACGUAAUGGCUCCCAUUUUUUUUGAUUAUCAACGAACUUCAAUGGGUUUGAAAAAACUUCUAAUGGCGCUUGAAACUUUUGAAUGCUACAUGUCUCGAGUAAAUACUGCAUUUGUUGCAGGAGAAACUUUAACUAUUGCUGAUUUUCCGCUUAUAACAUCUGUCAUGUGUUUGGAAGCCAUUGAAUUUGAUAUCGACAAGUAUCCAUUGGUUAAGUCGUGGUACUCUAAUUUCAAAAGACAAUUUCCUGACUUAUGGUCAAUAUCAGAAACUGGUAUGAAGGAAAUCGUUGAAUUUGAAAAAAAUCCACCAGAUCUUUCCGGAAUGGUUCACCCCAUCCAUCCCAUUAAGAAAGUAAACAAAUAAAUCAUAUGCGCUUAAAUACACAGAUUAGCAUUCAUCAUCUUGA